GGCAGCUGAGGCAGCCGGACAUUCGAGAGCUGCACGUGCACGGCUCCGGCUCUCCUGAGGCGGCCGUACAAUCCUCGGCAGUGUCCUGAGACUGUAUGGUCAUCUCAGCGGCCCGCCAGGCCCCGGAUCCCGGAUUCCUUCCCAUCCACUCACUUCGAACCACUUUUUUAUUUUUUUAAUCUUUUUUUUUUUUUUUUUUUCAAAUCCCAGAAACGUAACUCCUGUUCGGGCCGUGGGGUUGAAAAGGAACUUUGGCUCCCUUCUAGCUUGCUCUCUUUUGGAGUCUGACAACCUCCGCCCAUUCCUUUUCCCGGCCCCGCCUCUGUCUGCAGGUUCCUCCCAGUCACCCCUCUCCACCCCCCUCCUCCGCACCUAGACAGCCGUCCGCAAACUUCCACCUGAUUGCGCGGGGCACUCGGACCUGCGAGCACCAAGGACCUUUCAUACCUGCCCGGGCCACAGGAGCGGCCGAGGGCUACAGCAAAGGCAGCGGCUACAGCCCCUACGCCUAAGGAACCCAGGUGCUCGGCGUCCCUAAGGGCCGCGGCGACAAUGACAGCUGACAAGGAGAAGAAAAGGAGCAGCUCAGAGCGGAGGAAGGAGAAAUCCCGAGAUGCUGCAAGGUGCCGACGCAGUAAGGAGACGGAGGUCUUCUAUGAGCUGGCUCAUGAGCUGCCCCUGCCCCACAGUGUGAGCUCCCACCUGGACAAGGCCUCCAUCAUGAGACUGGCUAUCAGCUUCCUGCGUACACACAAGCUCUUGUCCUCAGUCUGCUCUGAAAAUGAGUCUGAAGUUGAGGCUGACCAGCAGAUGGAUAACUUGUACCUAAAAGCCUUGGAGGGUUUCAUUGCUGUGGUGACCCAAGAUGGCGAUAUGAUCUUCCUGUCAGAAAACAUCAGCAAGUUCAUGGGACUCACCCAGGUAGAGCUAACAGGACACAGUAUCUUUGACUUCACUCAUCCUUGUGACCAUGAGGAGAUCCGUGAGAACCUGACUCUAAAAAAUGGCUCUGGUUUGGGGAAGAAAAGCAAAGAUAUGUCUACAGAACGGGACUUCUUCAUGAGGAUGAAGUGCACAGUUACCAACAGAGGCCGAACUGUCAACCUCAAGUCAGCCACCUGGAAGGUCUUGCACUGCACUGGCCAGGUGAAAGUCUACAACAACUGCCCCCCUCACAGUAGCCUCUGUGGCUAUAAGGAGCCCCUCCUGUCCUGCCUCAUCAUCAUGUGUGAGCCAAUCCAGCAUCCAUCCCACAUGGACAUCCCCUUGGACAGCAAGACCUUCCUGAGCCGCCACAGCAUGGACAUGAAGUUCACCUACUGUGACGAUAGAAUCACGGAACUGAUUGGUUACCACCCUGAGGAACUGCUUGGUCGCUCAGCCUAUGAGUUCUACCAUGCUCUGGAUUCAGAAAGCAUGACCAAAAGUCACCAGAACUUGUGCACCAAGGGGCAGGUGGUGUCUGGUCAAUACCGGAUGCUAGCCAAGCACGGGGGCUAUGUGUGGCUGGAAACCCAGGGGACAGUCAUCUACAACCCCCGCAACCUACAGCCCCAGUGUAUCAUGUGUGUCAACUAUGUCCUGAGUGAGAUUGAGAAGAACAACGUGGUGUUCUCCAUGGAUCAGACUGAAUCCCUGUUCAAGCCCCACCUGAUGGCCAUGAACAGCAUCUUUGACAGCAGUAGCAAGAUGGACAUGUCUGAGAAGAGUAACUACCUGUUCACCAAGCUGAAGGAGGAGCCUGAGGAGCUGGCCCAGCUGGCUCCCACCCCGGGAGAUGCCAUCAUUUCUCUGGAUUUUGGGAACCAGAACUUUGAAGAGUCAUCAGCCUAUGGCAAGGCCAUCCUGCCCCCAGGCCAGCCAUGGGCUGCAGAGCUGAGGAGACACAUUGCUCAGAGUGAGUCUGGAAGUCUGCCUGCCUUCACUGUACCCCAGCCAGGUGCCCCAGGGAACACCACCCCCAGUGCCACAAGCAGCAGCAGCUGCUCUACGCCUAGCAGCCCUGAAGACUAUUACACAUCUCUGGAAGACCACUUGAAGAUUGAAGUGAUCGAGAAGCUCUUUGCCAUGGACACAGAGGCCAAGGACCAGUGCAACACCAAAACAGACUUCAAUGAGCUGGAUUUAGAGACUCUGGCACCCUACAUCCCCAUGGAUGGGGAGGACUUCCAGCUAAGCCCCAUCUGCCCAGAGGAACCCCACAUGCCAGAGGGCCCCCAGCCUACCCCCCAGCACUGCUUCAGUGCCAUGACAAGCAUCUUCCAGCCUCUGGCCCCUGGGGGCACCCACAGCCCCUUUCUUCUGGACAAGUACCAGCUGGAGAACACGAAGACAGAGCCUGAGCACUGGCCCAUGUCCUCCAUCUUCACUGAUGCUGGGAGCAAGGGGUCCCUGCCCCCAUGCUGUGGCCAGGCCAGCACUCCUCUCUCUUCUAUGGGGGGCAGAUCCAACACUCAGUGGCCCCCAGACCCACCAUUACAUUUUGGGCCCACGAAGUGGCCUGUUGGAGACCAGAACAAUGAAUCCUUGGGGGCUCUGCCAUUGGGGCCAUCACAGUUGGAGCCCUCCAUCACCUCGCCCCAUGUCUCCAUGUUCAAAAUGAGGUCUGCAAAAGACUUUGGGGGUCGGGCCCCAUUCAUGAUGAGCCCAGCCAUGAUAGCCCUCUCCAACAAACUGAAGCUGAAGCGACAGCUGGAGUAUGAGGAGCAAGCCUUCCAGGAUGCAAGUGAGGGGGACCCUCCAGGUGCCAGCAGUAGUUCCCAUCUGAUGUGGAAACGCAUGAAAAGCCUCAUGGGUGGGACCUGUCCUUUGAUUCAGAGCAAGCCCCUCAAUGCAAAUGUGCCUCCUGAUGAAUUCAUCCAAAACCCCAUGAGAGGCCUGAGCCAGCCAUUGAGACACCUGCCACCACUGCAGCCUCCAUCUGCCAUGAGCCCAGAGGAGAAUGCCAAGAGUGGGUUCUCCCCACAGUGCUACCCCUCCCAGUUCCAGGACUACAGUCCACCGGCAGCUCAAAAGGUGUCAGGCAUAACAAGCCGACUGCUGGGGCCAUCAUUUGAGCCCUACCUGUUGCCGGAACUGACCAGGUAUGACUGUGAGGUGAAUGUCCCUGUGCCAGGAAGCUCUACUCUCCUGCAAGGAAGGGACCUCCUCAGAGCCCUGGAUCAGGCCACCUGAGCCAGGGCCUUUGGCCGGGCAUGCCCCUGCCAGCCUGUCCUGCCAGCUUCACCUUACGUCUGUGUUGCUACUAGGUAUUUCUAACACCAGCACACUUCCUACAAGAUGUAUUUACCUGGCUGAUUUGACCCGGUCACCAAGCAGAGUGGCCUUUUUCUGAGAUUCUCACUUUAUUUUCUGUGUUUUCAAAAUACGUAGUUGUUUUACCUGCUAUUUCACUGUCGAUGAAAAUGUUCUAAAAUUUUAUAAGAUUUCCUCUCCCUCCCUUGAAUUACUUCUAAUUUAUAUUACCCGAAGUCUCCCCUCACGUGCAGCACCAGUACUAACAAGCGUGGUGGAUGCUGGCUCUCCUCCGAAGGAAAGCUUUGGCUUCAUUCAACUCAAAAGUGUUUUUGUCAUUGUUGUUGCCAAAGAGAAAUGAAAAGGAUUUUGCUUUCCAAGCUCUGUUUGUGGCUUCCCUCCCUUUUUACGACUAAUCACCAUAUUGUAAAUUUUAGUGUUUUUUAAAAAGACAGUUCUUUGUGCUGAUUUUGAUACGACUUAUGGGGCAAAAGAGCAAUGUGAAGGGUAAACUCCAGUGUGCCGUUAGCUGUGAAAGUUACACAGUGUGGCUCCUCCUAAACUGUUUGGUGCCCUCUCCACCAUCUCGCCCCAGGCCCAGGGGAGUUUUUAAUUGUCAUUCAAAAGCAUAACAGUUUUUUAAAGGAAAAUUUCUAUCGGGGUUUAGUGUUUAUCAUAUAUAUGGGUACUCUGUAAUAUCUAAAAACUUAGACAUGGAAAUGGAAUCCUGCUCACAAAAUCACUUAAAAUCUUCUUAGAGCUGUUAAUUUGAUUCUUCUCGGUGCUGUGGACACUGCGGAACUGUACAGUACUCCCACAGGCCUGUGCUAACACUCUACAGAUCUCUCUGGUGACUUUGUGCUUUAUGCCAUAGGUGUGACAAACAAUCCCAGGAGUGGAGUCCUUAAGGGGGAGCAUUGCGAGCUCUCUUCUCAUUGUGUUCUCUAUGUAUUAUGUAUGUAUGUAUUGUUGCUGCCAUGAGGGUCUGAUGGCACGUGGGGGUGGGGGUGGGGAGGAAGCGCUUUAACUUUUCUUCAGGUGUUGCUAGCCCUUCAAGUGCACUGAGCUAUGUGACUCCAAUGAUCUCUCACACGGCACAUUGGAAUAUUUCCACAACUGCCAUGAAAUGGUUUUGAUGGGAAUUCAUGAAGCAAGUGAGGAUUCAGAAAUGAUGUGAUGGCCCAGUCCUUGUCCUCCUAGCUCGAGGCUAUGGAGCUGGACUGAGAGAGGGUGCCAGGUGGACGGCUGUGGGUCUGACCAGUCCUGCACCCCACCCAUCCCCAACUUGCGGGGUAGAAGACCCUGCUAGGCCAAGGUGCAGCGCUCCCUGUUGGCAAGCAGCAGGCAGACCUCUAGGGACAGCCCCUAGCUGAGGUCUCUGUCACAGGAAGUGACAUGUAUAGGUAGGAAGCACUGAAAACAGUGUUCCCAGAGCACUUUGUAACUCACUGGGAAGAGGGGCGACACCUUUGGGUUUUUAAAUGCCAGUCGACAUGGGACUUUGCUGACUUGGGUACAAUAAAACUGCAAUCUAAAUGCACACAAAGCACAUCAGGCAAGAAUAUGGUAAGCCCAGAUGGACUUACUGCCAAAACAAAAAUUCACUUUCACAAUAAAUCUGUGUCAUAGGAAUAAAAUUACCUAGGCAAGGUGUCGCCCACAUCACACAUUGGCAGAACUUGAAGGGUUACUGACAUGUAAAUGCUGGUAUUUGAUUUCCUGUGUUUGUUGCCCCAGCAUUAAGGGCAUUUUCCCUUUGCAGUUUUACUAAAACACUCUGAAAAAUAUUCCAAGCUUCAUAUUAACCUUACCUGUCAAUGUAAUUACUUCAUGAACAUUAUUUACAUUGUCAAAUCUCUACUGACAACAUUGUAACUGUAUGGGAGCUUAACUUUAUAAGGAAAUGUAUUUUGACACUGAUAUCUUAUUAAAGUAUUCUGAUCCUAUCA